AUGCCACCGAGAAAACGGGCGCGGGCGUCGCGGGCGGCCUCUCCGACCACCACUUCCCAGCCCAAGACACCUACGCCGGCAGCGGAAAGCUCUCCGGUGAAAGACGAUGAGGAUGUCCUUCACGAUCCAUGGACCGACGAAGAAGAGAUUGGGCUCUUCAAAGGCCUGAUCCGUUGCAAACCGACAGGGAUACAUAAGCAUUUCCACCUCAUCGCCCUCCACCACUUCCUUCUCGACAAUGGCUACAUCCACCCUAAGAGCCCACACACCACCCCUGCUGGCAUCUGGCGUAAGCUACAGACCUUGUACAACCUCGAGGCGCUGGACGAACGCGAAGAUGCUCGCCAACUGGAGAAGAUGGAGCUGGAUACGGACGAGGACGCAGAAGACAGCGAUGAGGAGGAAGGCGAUGCAGACGCGUAUAGUGACGCGGCCCACAAGAUUUCAAAUGAGGACUUUGAUCUGCCAGGCGCGGACUUUGAGGAGCUGAAAUGGAGAAAUCGAUUGGCCACCGACAAGCAGAGACGCGACGAAAGUCCGCCAUUACUGCCAGAGUUGAACCUGGCCAGCGCACCUCCCGUCCGCUUCACCCCGAGUUUCAGCAUCGAGCCGGAAGUACAUGCAGCGACACCUCGGGCAAGAGGUAAAGCAGCUGCUGCCACUUCGACGAAAGGAAAGCCUGCCGCUUCGCAGGGAAGGCGCAGAUCGACAAGACAGGUAGAGGUUGACGCGGAAGAUGUUGAAGCAGAAGAGGAAGACGAGCCGGAGGACGAGGAGGGGGAAGAGGAGCAGGAAGACGACGAAGAAGAUACGGGAGAGGAGCAAGAGGAGAGCGCGCGCAAUACGCCUGCCUCGAGGCUCACCAGAAGGCGUGGACGCCCUCCUGCAACAACUGGCCGAGGCCGUGGGAGGGGGAAAUGA